AUGGACCAGCUCAACGUGCCCUCAGUCAGUGGAAGUCAUCUGGGUUUGCCUACAUCCCCUACACACAACACCAUACCUACCGCAGGUAUGCCUGUUGCCAUCCCCAGCCUUGGCCCAUCUCUGGGCUCUCUCCCCUCUGCUCUGUCGCUGAUGCUGCCCAUGGGUCCGCUGGGUGACCGGGGAGUGAUGUGUGGCCUACCUGAGAGAAACUACCCGCUGCCCCCUCCUCCGUAUCCUCAUCUGGAAAGCAACUACUUUAGGCAUAUACUUCCAGGUAUUCUGUCCUAUCUGGCUGACCGCCCCCCUCCUCAGUAUAUUCAUCCCAGCAGCCUUAACAUGGAUGGACCUCUUUCUGUAGCCAGCAAUAACCCCUCAGGCCUCGAUCCUUACAGUGGCCCUGGUGGCCCUAUGGAGCAGGGUCUGGUGCCCAUGGACUCCCGCCAGGUCAAUAGUCAGUCUGACCUCCAUCAAACAGGCCACGAACUGGGCUCCACAGCUCUAGCUCUGGAGUCCCGUGUCAGCAGCCCCAUGUCUGACAGAAUGGGAGAAGAGCUGACUUCUAUGGACGGGGUAGGUGUAGUGUCAGACUCACAGCAGCUGGGAGGUGGAAGGCAGCCUCAACCGCAUGACGGGCUCGCAGGCGUGGACUCAUCCGGGGCCGUCAUCUCUCUCCAUGGGCCGUCAGUGCUGGAGCUGCCUGUGGUGAUGGAGCCAGACCACAUGGGAGGGGGAGUGGGUAACACUGGGGAGCGGAUGCACUCAAACGGAGCGCUGAAUUCCAGUGUGGUCAGUGUGGUGCUCACAGGAGCCAUGGGCGGGCAAGGGCAGCUGCAGCCUGUCUCUCUGCACGGACACGGUGGUAUGGGCCUGGAGGCUGUGAAUGUAAAUGUGUCGCCCAUCACCGCGGAAGUGUCACUAGGGCCAGAAAACAACCUGGUGCUGGUGAACUCCACCCUACAGCUAGAAGACUCUACCUCCAACAAAGAAAACAUGGUCGCUACUUUCUCUAUAUGGUGCACACUGUGUGAGCGCUCUUAUACCUCAGACUGCCCCGAGCACGGACCGGUCACCUUCAUCCCUGAUUCCCCCAUUCAGACCAGAGCACGCCUUUCGCUGCCUCGCCCACUGUGCCUGCGCAUCUCUGUAGCAGAUGAACCUCUAGGAGUUUUUGCACGAGACAUCAUAGCUCCAAGAACAUGCUUUGGACCAAUGGUUGGCCAGCACUGCAGUAAUGUAGAUCUCUCGGACUGGCCAGAAAAAGACACACCACAGCUAUGGAAGAUGUAUCACAACAAUGUGCUUGAAUUUUACAUUGUAACAACUGAUGAGAAUGAAUGCAACUGGAUGAUGUUUGUCAGAAAAGCCAGAACGCUUGAGCAGCAAAACUUAAUCGCCUAUCCAUCCAAUGGAAAAUUGUUCUUCUACACAACCACAGAAAUACACCCAGACCAAGAGCUACUUUUCUACUACAGCCGGGACUAUUGUCGACUUUUAGGAGUUCCCCAAGUUCCCGAAGGACAGAUCUGCCAAUGUGGAAAAGAGUGUUCGUCUUUCACAGAGCUCAAGUCACAUUUGAACAAUCAUAAUCAGCCUACGCACAGCCUUAGCCCAUCCCAGCAGGACCACCCGCAGCCUCCCCCUCCUCAACAAAUGGACCAAACAGCUCAACAACAACAACAUCAACAGCAACAACAACAGCAGCAGCAGCAGCAGCAGCAGCAGCAGCAGCAUCACCACCAAGAAGAGAAACUCACCAACGGAGUGUCCAGCUCGUCCUCUUCCCCCUGGUCCAACCACCCUCACAACCAAACAUGCAGCGAGAACAACACAGAGGCCAAUGGAGUCUCCAAUAACACUACGGCAAAAGGGAAGGGCCAAGGACAGGCGAGAGAGAAGAAGUUCAAGUGCAGUAUGUGCUCCAGGGCUUUCAUUACCUCCACUAAGCUGAACGUGCACUUCAUGGGACACGUGGGAAUGAAGCCUCACAAGUGUGAAUACUGCAGUAAGGCCUUCAGUGAUCCGAGCAACCUCCGAAUGCACCUCAAGAUUCACACAGGCCAAAAGAACUUCAGAUGUACAGUUUGUGAAAAGUCUUUCACACAGAAAUCGCACGUGGCUUCUCACAUGCUGAUCCACACAGGAGCAGAAAAACUCAAGUGUGAUCUGUGCGACCGGACUUUCAUCAGGAAACAUGACUUGAAGCAGCACAUGUUCUCUCACACACAUGAACGCCGGAUACAGUGCCCUAAAUGCAACAAACAUUUUCUGAAGACCAACCAUCUUAAGAAGCAUAUGAACUCCCAUGAAGGGCGCAGGGACUUUGUUUGUGAGAAAUGCCAUAAAGCUUUCCUCACCAAAUACCACCUCACUCGACACCUCAAGAUCUGCAAAGGACCUAAAACUGAGCGAGCAUCCCGUAAAGAGCGUGCAGAAAGAGCGGAGGAAGAGGAGGAAGAGGAAGAGGAGGAGGUGGUGGAGGAGGAGGAGGAAGAAGACGGGCAGGAGGAUGAGGAAGGCGACAGCAGUGGGAGAGAGGCUGAUAGACUAGACUCUAUCAGUCAUGAAGCUUGUGAUUUAGAUGGUGCAGACUACAGCUCUGAAAAAAACGAUGCGGCGCCGCGCCUGACACUUCUCAACAGCGUGUCUGACCAGAAGAAAGCCAUGUUGACCCCCCCAAAGGAAGGGUCGGCGAGUGUGAUUGACAAGGCGCUGAGGAUGAGACGGGAGGAGCAGGCUCGGCAGGUGGUCCUGGCCUGGGCUGUCCUCAACAUGUCUUUAGCUGGAAUGAUUUAUACUGAAAUGUCUGGAAAACUGCUGAGCAGAUUCUAUAAUAUCACAUACUGGCCUAUCUGGUACAUAGAAUUAGUGCUGGCGUCGUUGUUUAGCCUCAACGCUCUUUUUGACUUUUGGAAGUAUUUUAAGUUCACCAUGGCUCCAGCCUCGAUUGCGGUAUCUCCAGAUCAACACCGCCUUCUUGGACUAUCAGGAACAGGUAUUCAGGUGUCUCCAGUGCAAAAACCUGAAAAGAAGGAAACUCCAGCUCCUGCUCAGUCGUCUCCACUGCAGGGUCAAAGUGUCCUAAGCUUCAGUCCGUCUCGACCUCCAACUACGAGUCCCAAGUUUUCCCCAAGCUGCGUACCAAGCUACAGCCCUGCACUCAGCACUCCUUCCACUCCCAACAGCGUGGGCGGACACUUUUCAUCCUCCAUCAACUUUGGAAAGGUGCUAAACUACAGCCCGUCCCCGGGUUCUUCUCCUUUCCCAAGCAGCAUUGGUCCAGUUGAAGGUUCAGGAUUAAGGGCCCGAUAUCGCACCUCGCCAUCAGUAUUCAACUCUCCUGGAAGCAAAGAGGACUACAUGGAAGAUCUGAAAAGCUUGGAACAGUUUCUUCGGUCAGAGGAGGAAAAGUCUCAUAGAAGCCAGCUAGGUAGCCCAGAAUCUGUGUCUCCAAAUCACAGUCCAACAUUUUGGAAUUACAACCGCUCUGUGGGUGAUUAUGCUCAAAGCCUGAGGAAAUUCCUGUAUCAGCCAGCCUGUCGCUCUCAGGCUCCAUCUGCACACAAAGAUGAGACGGACCUUGGCUCCAAACAGGCUGCAGAGGAGGUGUGGGCAAGGAUUACAACUAGCCGCCUUGUCGUGGACAGCAUUGACAGCUGGACUGCAAAACUUAGAAAUUGGAUUAGUGACACCAUAUUGGUCCCUUUGGUUAAAGAAAUAGACUCUGUAAACAGCCAAUUGAGGAGAAUGGGCAGUCCUGAACUCCAAAUAGGAGAGGCCAGUAUAAGUAGUCUAAAACAAGCAGCAGUAAUGAAGGCAUCGUCCAUUCCUACAAUGAACUCCAUUGUCCUGUACUUGGACGUUACUCCCAAUCAGGAAUAUCUUGUGGAGCGAAUACGGGAGCUAGCACAUAGCGGCUGCAUGAGCUCCUUCAGAUGGAGCAGAGGUGGUGAUCUAAAGAACAGGAAGUGGGACAAUGACCUCCCCACGGACUGCGCUAUCCUUAUGCAUGUUUUUUGUACUUACUUGGACUCAAGACUACCUCCGCAUCCCAAAUAUCCAGAUGGGAAGACUUUCACGUCUCAGCAUUUCAGCCACACUCCAGAUAAACCUGAUGUGACUAAGGAGAACCUCUUUUGUAUUCACCAAAGCAGCACGACACCGCCCCAUUACCAGCUCAUCUAUCAAGGACACAUCUACAGCCUACCUAAGGGGAGAAACAACUUAUUCCACACAAUCCUUAUGUUUCUUUAUGUGAUCAAAACCAAAGAAUCAGGGAUGCUCGGGAGAGUAAACCUGGGCCUCUCUGGUGUCAACAUCUUGUGGAUAUUUGAAAGCUAA